UCCAAAUGACAUUUGUCAUCCAGCAAGAAAAUUACACAAACCCAAAAGUUUAACCAUUUUCACAACAAUAAUAAAAAAACACAUUUAAGUAUUCAUAAAUAAUUGUGUGAUGAUAAACAUGAGGCUGUCGAAAUUUGGAUUUAAUCUUUGUGCAAAUUACGCCCGGCACCGUCCGUUCCAAGCGCCGAGCCGCGAGAUGACCCUCCCGCCGCGCGACAGCGAGGGUGACCUUCCCGAGCUGGGCGGCAUCAGCUCCAAGAAGAAGGCCAAGCGCCCCGCACCCCCCGGCUACGCCUCCCCUAAGAUCCAGCAGAAGCAAGAAACCCCUAACCCCGACAAGGUAGUCCCCAAAGACAGCACCAAAAAAUUCGUCCCGAUGCCGGACUUAGCGUGCUACAUGACGUAUAACGAGCUCCUGAAGAGCAUUAAGCCUAUUUUGCAGAAGUAUUUUGCGAUGAUGCUAAAAUAUAGUCAGUUUCAACUGCUUUGGAAGAAGUUCAGACAUCCUUAGCUUCAGUUUACUGUUCAGAUUAUUUACGUAAACGUG